UCUUCUUUCCCAGCCAUGGCUGCUUCUUCCCUCUCUCUGCUACCUCAUCCAGUCGGAGGCGUUGAUACCCCCAAACCCAAAUUCUCAUCCAUCCAUUUCUCCCGUUCAGCUUUGCCUCCAGGUCCAUCCUACUCUCAGCAGAGUCGCCGCCCGAAGAGCUUGCAAAUUUCGGCCUCGAUUUCAGUCUCUAACCCGCAAGUGCGAACCGGCCCUCAUGAUCUCGUGUCGUCCAUUCUUUCAAAGGUGAUGCAAACAGAUGGAGGAGUUUUGCUGAAAGACGAAGAACAUAAAGAGGUUGCUGAAGUGGCUCAAGAAUUGGAAAAAUAUUGUGUGAAUGAGCCAGUGAAAUGCCCUUUAAUAUUUGGAGAGUGGGAUGUGGUGUACUGUUCAAGGCCAACAUCACCAGGAGGCGGCUACAGAAGUGCGUUGGGUCGCCUUUUCUUUAAGACAAAGCAGAUGAUUCAGGUUGUUCAAGCUCCUGAUAUUGUAAGAAACAAGAUCUGCUUUUCUCUUUUAGGCUUCCUAGAGGGAGAAGUGUCUUUGAAGGGAAAGCUAAAGGCUCUGGAUGGCGAAUGGAUUCAAGUUGUAUUUGAAGCACCUGAACUGAGGGUGGGGUCGCUGGAGCUCCAAUAUGGGGGCCAAAGUGAGGUUAAACUCCGAAUCACUUACAUAGAUGACAAGAUCAGAUUAGGGAAGGGCUCCAGAGGUUCUCUCUUUGUUUUUAAAAGAAUGUGAAAUUGAAAUUCAAUUAAAAUACUUUCAUGAGAUAUCUGAAGAGAUCCUUCGAUUUCAUAUAUAUCAAGAGAAUAUUCAUAAGUUGAGCUUUAAUUUUUGAAAGAAAUGGAAGAGUAAAUGGUACUAUUACGACCUGCAACGGAAUCACGUUGCCAUUGA